AUGACAGUGCCUCUCCUUUACAGAGAUGUUCAUCUCGUUAUUCUGACCAGCGACAAACCAAGCGAGCUGGGUACCAGGGUGUUUCCAUGGUUGAAUUGCCUCCGCGGUAUAGCUCAUAAUACACAAGGCCAAGCGGCAUGCGUCAAGAGGAUUGUGAUAAGGGGCAACCGCCGAUAUAGUCAAUUCUAUGAGAAGACUUCGAUUUACCCAGAGUUUACCGAUGUACGAGCUAGGGCUCGGCAGAAUGCGGAAUGCUUCCAAAUAGGUGAUUUAUUGUUGGCCGCAUUUAUCAAGAUGAAGAACUUAAGGGAUUUCUGCUGGACAGCCGACUGCCUAUAUCCCACCGACGAGAUUCUCGAGCUUCAGAAGAACCUCAGAGCCUUCACGUAUUGCUAUCCUUGGCCUUCAGAUGCCCCCCAAAAAAUGGCUUUAAGAAAUUAUAGCCCCGAUAUACGCCAUUUGUCAUUCCAGCAUCUGGAAGAGCUAUCUAUUUUUGGGAUACCUUCCUACCUACUCCUAAACACAAUAUGGAGGUUUAUGUUGAAAAUCCGAAAAACGCUUAAGGUACUCCGGCUGGGGGGGAUCAAUAACAGUAGGGGUUACUUUGAGCCUCUACGCACAUGGCAUUCAUACCGCCGUCAAAACUGGUUUCUUCCGAAAACAGCUUGGUCUCUAAGCCCCGACACCCCGAUUCAACUACAUACCUUGGAAAUCCUAUUUUUCGUCCGCUUGAAUAUCGAGAAGUUGACUAGGGCCUUUGAUUUCACCGCUCUCAAGAACUUCUCCCUGAUCCUACCUGACGACUUUACGCCGCAGUAUCCCACUCUUUGGCAGCACUUCCAGUCAAUGGGCGUUUCUCUGAAAAGCCUCAAAACUAACAUGUACACGCCAACAAGCUACAUUAAUAACUACCUACGGUCCUUUGACUCUCUUGAGGAGGUUUAUGCCCUUCACCCCGAGUACAGUUUCGACAGUACAUAUCUCCAUUCCCACUUCUCGAAUCUCAGAAUACUGUUGGUCGUCUCACUCGAAGGAGACAUUACAUCCUUUUGCAACAGGCUUCAGAUACUGAUUGCAGGCUGCCCUAAAUUAGAGGAGUUGGGAAUUCCCUUGUCAAUACCAUUCCAGGAAAGCGUGUGGCAAGCACUGGCUCCUGCCCAAGCUCUAAGGUGCCUUUAUUUUGUGGAAUAUGUACCAGCAUCAAGUUGGAAAUCUCUCGGGAUCCCAGGAUACUUCAUUCUCAGGUUUUUCAGCUAUUUUAAAAACAACCCUUCUCCGCUCAUUUACCGUCUCGAGGUGCUUAGCUGCUACAGAACUCUUUGGCGCUUAUUACCGUUAGCAUCUGCACCCAUGGAAGAAAGAACACUCGAAAAGAUAAGAAGGGACGAAAAUGAUUCGCCCCUAAUGCAGGAGUUACGAGAUCUAACUAGAGUUAAUACCUGGCCGGAGCCCUUCUGUUAUGAUUAUACGGAGCCUGAACCGUGGCUGAAUCGAGCGGCUAUUCGAGCGGACUGGGAAGAUUACUGGGAUGAUGAGAUGGCUUCAUCCGUCCACACCCAUGUGAUGAAGAUCCCGAAAUAUUCCUAA